AUGAUUUUGAUGUCAUUCGACUCAGCUCGUCUAGCUCUUUCGAAUGAGAUAUUAUUUGACCAAUUUACGCUCUGUUUAUUUUUCGAAAUUUUUCCCAAAUGUCAAAUAUCUGAAUUUCGGGUUCGGGAUUCGACUUUUCCAAAAUCCGAGUUCAGAUUCGCAAUCAGCAUAUUUUUUUACCCUAGAAAAAUCCUUUUUCUUAUUUUUAAGAUUUUUUUCCGCAGGGACCCCAAUUCUCCUGGAUUGCCUGGAAUUCAGUCAAAGCCCUCUAUUAAGACAUCGCCUCCAACAUUACUUCUCUUCCCCUGGCAGUCCCAAGAUUCUCAUAAUAGUUUCAACAAAAGAAACUUCACUACAACAUUUAAUUUAUAUAAACAAAUUUUAGGAAUAGCUGUAAUACAUGGAGAACAAAAAGUAGAUGAAGAAAGUGGCAGAGAAGAUGGCCGUCAAAGUCCUCCAACAGCUUCACUUGGUGUUUCUUAUGAAUUUCUUCCUCCCAACGUUCCAAAAGACAAACCUCCCCUUACUGUUGUUGGGGAUGUUAGUAAUAAAAUUGCGAUAAUUGUGGAUGAUAUUAUUGACGAUGCUCAUUCAUUUGUUGCUGUUGCAGAGGUUUUGAAAGCGCGUGGAGCUAAAAAAAUUUAUGUAGUUGCAACACACGGACUGCUUUCACUCGAUGCGCCAUCACUUCUUGAGGCAUCGCCGAUUGAUGAGAUAAUUGUCACAAACACAGUUCCACAUGAAAUUCAAAAGCAGCGUUGCCACAAAAUCAAAACUGUUGACAUUUCACUUUUGCUCUGUGAAGCAAUUCGACGAAUAUACAACAAUGAAUCAAUGGCUCCGCUGUUUAAAGAUCUUACAAUUGAUGACUAA